UCAAAUAAUAUUUAAAAAUAAUAAUAUAAUCCAAUGAUGUUAUCUACACAUGAAUGAAGAUCGCAGGAGAAGCUGAAUUUAAACUAUUGAUUCAUCAUAUAACACGUGAAAAAAAAGACAUGACAAUGAAAUAUCUACAUUCUCCUAUUUCCUUUUGGUUAUUUUCUCACCCACAAAAAAGUUUAUUCCUUUCCUUUUUUCUUCUUUUCUUUCAUCUAUUUUUUAAAUGGCACCUGUUUCUCCUACUAUUGAUACUGUAUUUAUUGUUCGUCAUGGUGAACGUAUUGACCAUUGUUCCGAAACAUGGCAACCUGAUCCUUCUCAUGGUAUUACAGACCCUCCUCUUAGUUUAUUGGGACAUCGACAAGCAGAAAAGACAGGACAACACUUGGGAUAUAAGAUUCAACAAAAUACAAUUCAACAACCUAUUUUUAUGAUUUAUACCUCACCUUUUCAACGAUGUAUCGAUACAUCCAUAGGCAUCAUCAAAGGUUUACAAUCAUAUAUUGAUCCACUUUAUCCUCCUAUCUUACGCUUGGAUCUCGGUUUGGGUGAAUGGAUGUCCGAUCAAUUUUAUGAUGACAUUUCUUGCUCGGGUUCUCAAUUCCUUGCACGACAUCAGGAACAACUUGCACGACGUCAAGCAACUUAUUAUCGUCAUCUGCAUAUGAAGAAACAACAUGAUACUCCACCAUCACCUUCUUAUGAUUUUCACGAUAUUUUACCUUCACUCACUGUCGAUUAUGCCUAUCAUUCUUCUCGUUACUCGGAUUUUGAUUUCCCCGAAUCUUAUAAGGAUAUGCUUCAUCGCUUUGAUCAAACUCGAUUAGAUUGUAUUCGUCAAGCUACCGUCAAUUUACCUUCCAAAUAUCAAAACAAUCCAUCCGUCAUUGUCAUUCUUGUUACUCAUGGUAUAGGUGUAAAUGCUCUUUUGGAUUCUUUUCGAAAUACCAUCACCCGGCCUGUGGAAACUCCUUAUUGUAGUAUUUCUAGUUUCCGAUAUCAUCAUCCUACUGGACAACAUUCUACUAAUACUACUCACAAUAAUGUUGAUGAUGAUGAUGAUGAUGAUUGGUUGGAUUCAAACUCUUCAAAACUUAAACAACCAAAAUGGAUACCUGAUUUGAUUAUUGAUGCUUCUCACUUGUCAAAUAUCUGAUUCCCAACAUUACUUUAUUAUUAUUAUUUAUUAUUUCUUUUCAUCAUUCAAUACCCCCCCCCCACCUACUAUACUCUUUUUUUUUUUUUAAGUUUAUUUUCAUAACCUUGUUUAUUUCUCAUCACUUAUUUUUUUUUUAUUUUUAUUAUUUCAUUAUAUCUUUUAUAUUCAUCCUCUUCUUCUAACCAAUCCAUCUUAACCAUUCAUAACCAAACAAAUAAAAUUGUCAAUAUCUCGUUUA